AUAAAACGGUGCCCCAUUCCGAAAUCCUACCACUCCAAGAAUAGCAUAUUAGCAUAUUUAGGUAGGUGUUGUGCCGGAGCAAGCUCCUCCGCCCCAACAGCAUAUUGUGCUGGACGAAUCAUGAGCCGCACUCGAUGUUCUUCCGCUCUCUACAUUGCGUUUCUCCUCCUCUUCUCCCUUUGUGUAUCCGUCAUUGCCGAUGAAAGUGAAGUUGAGGAUGAAAGGCCAUUUGCAUACACCCCAGGUGCUACAAAAGGGCCAGGGAAGUGGGCUGAUCUCAAUCCGAAAUGGAAGGCCUGUGCAAACGGGAGACUUCAAUCUCCAAUUGAUCUUUCCGACGAGAGAGUGGAGGUCAUGCCCAAACUAGGCACUUUGAAAAGGAAAUACAAGCCAGCUCCAGCUCUAAUAAAGAAUCGGGGCCAUGAUAUUGAGGUUGUAUGGCAAGGAGAUGCAGGGGGUGCUAUACUAAAUGGAACGGAAUACAACCUACAACAGUGCCAUUGGCACACUCCUAGUGAGCACACUUUGAAUGGGAAAAGAUAUGAAUUGGAGAUUCAUAUGGUUCACAACAACUCCCUUGGUCAUCUUGCUGUGAUUGGUAUCACAUACAAGCUGGGACGUCCAGAUCCCUUCCUGGCUAAGCUUCUAGAGACCAUCAAAACAUCAGACCAUGAUGGGAAUCAUUUGGGGGUGGUUGAUCCUUGGGAGAUCAAGUUCGGGAGCAGAAAGUACUACAGAUAUAUCGGCUCUCUCACUGUCCCCCCCUGCACAGAAGGGGUUCUCUGGACAAUACUAAAGAAGGUGAGGACUGUUUCAAGGGAGCAACUGAGAGCACUAAGGGAUGCUGUCCACGAUGGAUAUGAGAGGAAUGCAAGGCCAACACAGAGCUCAGAUCUAGAGGUGUACAUGUAUCGUCCGGCUAAUUAAUUAAUCAAAUACUUACACGGUUGUAUAUGCUAUUCUUGGAGCAGUAAUAAUUUUGGAAUAAUGGACAGCAGAGGAUUACUGUGCUGUGCAUUUUUAUGUGUAUUUUGUUAAAUUCUUGAUAUAUUUAUAUGAUUAUAUCAGUAUGUAAAUGUUUGCCCAGAA